AUGGUGGAAGUAGAAGACGAAGAACAUGUUGAAAAGCAACAAGAACAAGAACAUGUUGAAGAGCAACAACAAGAAGAGCAUGUUGAUUAUAUAUUUGAUCCAAGAAGGUGGGAAGGACUAAAUGCGGAUGAGAUUAAACUAUUGGUCGCGAAAGGUCCUAAAAGAGAUACUAGUAUUGAAUUUGGUCCAUAUGAUAAAUUUAAUAGACGAUUUUCAGCAACUAUUUAUACAAGAACAUUAUCAAACUUGGAGAAGUGUGAUAGAGAAUGGCUAGCAAUCAAAUUGCAACUUGAUGAUGUGCGGGAAGCUUUGCUUGAAGUUGGAGAGACAGAUAGUGAUGCUGCAAUUGCAGAGGAAGCAUUAGCUUUAGCAGAAAAUCAACUUAGUGGAUUUGAUUUUUUGGAUUAUAAAGAAACAGGUUUUCCUAAAGCGAUUGAAGAAGCUACGGAGAUUGCUAGUGAUAUGGAAAUUGAUCCCAUAUUUAAAGAAAAACGUAAGAUUAAAAGGAAAAAAAGAAAAGAUGAGACUUCUAGUAGCGAAGAAGUUGCAUUUACAGUAGAAGAGAAUUUCAGAGUAAACUUUUUCUUAUAUAUUGUGGAUCAAGCUAUUGCUUCUUUAGAGAAAAGAUUUGAACAAUUUAAAUGGUACGAGGGUUUAUUUGGUUUUUUGUUUCCACGUACGUUGAGGAUUAUUAAAGAUGAAGAUCUUAAGUCGUCUUGUCAUCGUCUUGAAAAUGCAAGCAGGUUUAAAGAAAAAUCGGAUAUUGAUGGCGAGGCACUUUAUACAGAGCUUAAUUUAUUUCGUGACUCACUAACCAAUAAAUUUAGCAGUCCUGUAGAUGUUUUGGAGUAUAUGAAAGAAGACGGUUAUUCCCCAGAAGCAUGCAUUGCAUAUAGAAUAUUGUUGACUAUUCCAGUCACUGUGGCAUCUGCAGAAAGAAGUUUUUCGAAGUUGAAGUUAUUGAAAUCUUACCUACGAUCUUCAACGUCCCAAGAAAGACUUAGUGGGUUGGCGAUGAUUGCUAUCGAGAACGAAGUCUUAGAUGAUAUAAACUGUGGAGAGGUGAUUCAACAAUUUGCUAUCAAGAAUGCAAGGAGAGCUUCACGAAUCAUUGGUUAG